AGAGAAAACUACUACAACAAAAGAAGCAAAACACUGAGAAAAGGAGAAGAGACCAAGCCAGACUGAGAAAGGAAAGAAGAACGAUCAGAGACCAAGCAAAGCAAGGAACAACACUUAGGACACUGACGAGAGAGAGAGAGAGAGAAUGUCCUUCCUCUCUGGCUCAUCCUGGCAGCAGCCUGGCAUCAUUAAUGGCAGCAGCGGGUACCGGCAACCAUCCGGUGGGCAUCAUCAACAACCGCAGCAGCAGCAACAGAAACCUUCUAAUAUCCUCUCUGGUGCCAACAUCCCUGUGGCACUUGCCUCCCCCCCAUCACCCCCCUCCACGCCGGCCUCUGCGAGGCACAUCGACCUGCACUGCCAAGGCCAGAUGGCACCGGGGGGGCAGGUUGGCAUUGCUGCCCAGGGGCGGUCCAAAAUAACUUUGACAGAAGAAGGGGUGAAAUUGGGGCGCAGCUGCACCCAGGGAACCUUGUCUGGGACGCCGGUCGAGAUGCCAGACACGCUGACCUUCAAGGUGCCAAUGCUGGAGAUAGAGGAAGAGGGGUCAAGAGGAGGGAGGGCAGGGGUGGACAGUCACAGGAUAGGGUGCGUAGAGGGGACAGGGGUCCCAUUAGGAAGUGCAGGACAAAGCCCCAGCAGCCCCCUCUCUUCAUACUCAUCCUCAUCCUCUUCUUACCUGCACUCCCCUGCUGUCUCACCCGGAAAACCCUCUCUGGCUUCAACACUGGACCCUGAGCCAAUUUCAGAGCUUGACUAUGGACAAAGUCAACAGUCAAACUCAAAUAUUAAUUUGGACCAAAUCCCUAGUCCCUCUAACCUGAAUCUGACCUGUGGGAAGAUGGACAGCAGAGAUGGAUUUUAUAUUCAGGGACCUCCAGGCACUGCCAAAAGCCAGGUCUCCCUUCACCCCCCGAAACAGGCCUCAGAGCUCGGGGAAACCAGUUCAUGGAGCCCCUCCUUCUCUGGAAGAUUCAGAUCAAGUCCGGGAAAUGGAGCAGAAACAGUUGUUUCUUCAACAUCUGAAAGCCUAUUUGUAGGUCAGAAUGCAAAUUUAACUGCAGGCCUAGUUGGAAUUGAAAAUAUGAAUCCAUCUGUAGGAAAUCAAAGUGGAAAUACAUCUCCUCAACUCCUUGGUACUGAAAUUGAGAGUACAGUUCCGGGUGUACGCCAGACUGCUCAUAUUGGGUUGGAGGGCAUAGGGGAGAGUGGGGCGGAAAGUUACAUCCUCAGAGAGGACUUUGGCCAAAGAGGAAGAACAGGGUCACAUUUACCACCCAACAGAAAAAUGGAGAGUGGGGUUGAAAGUUACAGCCCAAACAAGGAUGUAAGUGCUGGUGAAGAGGGGAGUGUGGGGUCAUGUGCUACGCUAAAUAGAGGGACAAUACCAGGCCAACGUGGUGAACUUCCACAGCGAACCGCAGUGAGACGUGCCAUGUCUGACUGUUCACAUCUGGCUGUUCCCAUGGUAAUGGCUGAAACAUACCCCACCAGUAUGGGAGGCUCAUUGGUGAUGGUGCCCACUGUACCAAAUCUAAUGGCAGACCCACCCAGACCACCCCACCCACAUGUGGCAGUCCGACGCUCACUCACGGUCACAGACGGCACGGGAGCUGCCGCCGCAAUGGCAACAAUGAUGUCAACGCCACUGAUGACAUCACAUGUACUGCCAUCCUCUCCACCCCCUAAGAGGCAUCAUGGGAGCUGUGAGACCAGUGUUUUACUUCCAGUCCCACCCUCCAUUGUCCCUCCCAUUAGCAGUAUCAACGAUAGCAAGCUGAACACUGCGGUGAAAUCUGACAACAAGGACAAGCAGGAGAAGACGGACAGCAUGUCCAGCAAGACGGAGAAGAUUGACACCUUCGACAAGAAGGAGAAAGAGGAGCAGCAGAAGAAGGACAACGGCCAGGAGAAGACCCUGAAGUCUGAGAAGAUCCUUAAAGACGAGGAAAAGACGGAGAAGAUGAACGCAGAGAAGAACAACAACAACAAGGCGAGCGAGAAGGAGGAGAAGGUGGACAAGCCAGAGAAGGCCGACAAAGAUAACAAGAAGGAGGAGGAGAAGAAGGCGAGCGAGAAGAAGGAAGAGAAGGAAGAGAAGGAAGAGAAGGGAGGGAAGGGAACAGCAAAGUCUCCUACAGGCAACGGCAGCAAGAAUCUGGCCAGUCCUGACAGCAAGAGCAAGCCUGACGUGGGGUCAACCAAACCAAACUCAGCCAAAUCCCGCCCAUCUACCCUUUCCACCAAUGGCGAGGCCAACUCAGCCAAACGCCCCUCCCCCACCACAGCCUCAGCCAAUAAAAAAAGCCCUGUAACCAAGGCAACCACUCCCACCGCCACUAAGCGGUCGCCACCGGCAAUCGGCUCCAGCAAGGCUGCCAAGACUCCAGAUAACGGUACGGCUGAGAAGCGCCCACCUGUGCCAAAGGCCACCGCCACCCCACGUGGAACAACCAAUAAGGACGGCUCUGCCACAAACGCUGCAAAUAAAACCGCUGCUAGCAAGAAUGACAAGACUGAGACCAAGACUGGAGAGGCCAAGAAACCCAGCACUCAGAAGACUGCAGCCACUCGUCCUCGUCCUCGCCCGGCCUCCACCACCACUCCCACUCCCCCGGCUGCCACUACUAAUGGGGAUGCCCCCACCACUCACCGCCGCCGAACCAUCACCAAACCCCCUGUACCCAAGCAGACCCCUAUGGAGAAGAAGCCGGCGGUGCCCCGUGCUCCACGAACCCCGCGACCAAUCAACGCCCCGACACCGGACCUGAAGAAUGUCCGCUCCAAGAUUGGAUCCAUUGACAACAUCAAGUACCAGCCUGGUGGAGGAAAGGUCUCCUCCACCCAGAACAACAAGACAUCAGACCCCUCCACCCCUGCCGCCAAGGCCAGAGUUCAGAUAGUGCACAAAAAGCUGGACUUCAGCCAUGUCACGUCUCGCUGUGGCUCCAAGGACAAUAUAAAACAUGUCCCUGGAGGAGGCAAUGUGCAGAUCUUGAAUAAGAAGGUUGAUCUGAGCAAGGUGACAUCCAAAUGUGGAUCCAAGGAUAACAUCAAACACAAGCCAGGUGGUGGUGAUGUGAAGAUUGAGUCCCAUAAGAUAAACAUCAAGGCAAAGUCUAAGAUUGGAUCCCUUGACAAUGUGGGGCUGGAGACGGGCAACGGACACGCCAACGGACACGUCAAGGAGGAGAAGGCAGAGGGGAAAACAUCAUCACCCCCAAAUGGGGCUCCAACAAAAGGGGCAGAGAACGUUGCCAUGGCAACUGCACCAGGAAGUGUUGCUAAGGAAAAUGGAGUUAAGGAGCCCACACCUACUCCAUUCGGGGGGGACGGACUGAGGGAGCCCCUUUGCAUGGACAAACGCAUCCCUGAGACAAAUUGAGUCCCAGUGGCAUGUAGAUUUUGGCAGGAAAUGCACGGCACUCGCCCACCUGCCAAUCAACCAACCAACCACGGCGCAGUCACCCCCCUCUGGCCCUGCCCUUCAUCUCGCCCACUGCAGCACCGAACUGACCAAUCGCCUCUCAGUGUUUCUCUGGGGUCCACCUGCCAGCUUCCUGCUAACAACCCUGACCUUUUGACCUCUUGAUGACCUUUGAUUGACCUUUGAACCUGCCGACCGCAGAGCAGAGCACUUCCUGUUUGUCUGUGUUUCUCUGUGUGGGGUUUCACCAGCUUUUCUCCUGUGAGCAUCCCCAGCACCUGCUGGCUUCAAGGUCCUGAAAGCCCAAGCCUGAACCCUAACAACCCCACCACAACCCUCCCACUAGUGUAGUCAAGGGUGUAAGGAGCUAUAUAGAGCAAAGCCAAAAUUUUCUCUGGGGUAACAAGAAUUAGCAUAUUCCCGCCUAUUAGCCUAAUUACUACUGACCCACAUAAAACCAGCCCUGAUAUUUUUGUGGUCCCAGUUGUAGGCCUUCAGGAACCAGAACCACUUCCAGGCUCUGUCCGUAUCAGCUAUGCUAACCCUGCUCUUUGCCCUCCAUACCCAGCCCGUUUCUGCAAAGUCCCAUACCACACAGACCAGCUGAGGGCUAGAUUCCUGGCUAUCUAGCUGGCUAACCAAUAAAGUACACAACAGAACAGGACAAGGAUUUUAAUCAUCUAUCUUAAAUCACCGCAUUCAGCACAAGAUCCAUCCAGCCAGCAACUAUGUCGAGGUCUAUCUGCUGUUCUACACAGUGCAUUUCUAUAGGUUAUUUCAUAGCUUACUCGUCAGUCAUUACCUCUUUUGUUACUUCUCUUAGCAUCAUCAUGGCAUUUUGUUUCAAGCAGUGAAUAUCAGUAAAAUUAAUACCCUUAUGCUCACAGCUAGCAGCAAUUGGCACAAGAGGACGAGGGCUCAUCUAGAAGAGAAUGGGUAGAUCUGAGGACAGACUUCUGAAUCAGUACAGAGAAAAACUUCCAGGAUUUUAGUAUAUUUAACGCAGUGAGAUGACAAAUGACUGCAACAAGUCAGUUUAGUAUGGUAUGAUGAGAUGGCUAAAAUUAUUUUAUGGCCAACUGUGAGCAAGGUCAUAGUUUUGGUAAGUAGGGAGCGCUUGUGCUCGUCUGGAAGGGGCUGGCUCAAACAGUAUUCAGCAUUGAACUGUUUGACCCAGCAGGCACGUAUUUGACAUUGGGCCACAGUACUUGAUGUUUCAGUAGAAAAUAUGACUUCAGCCUAAACGUUUUACCUUGAACAGGUUUAAUUAACCCUUUAAAAGGAGCGUAAAAUUGUGGAGUGAACCUGCUAGCUGCUGCAGCUUUUAUUCCAAUGACCUCAAAGCACAGUAAAGUCAGUGCCAUAAAUAUAGCUGCAAUCCACCCACCAUGUCACCGGCUGCUAUAUAAUUCACUGUAACACAAUGACAUGAUAAUAACUAAAUCCUCACCAUUAAUUAGGUAUAUACACAGGUUUAUUGAGUAUACCAUCCCAUUAUUGGGGUAUAAAUCAUACUCACAUCUUUCUGGACAUAUUGAGUGUAUACUGUCUUCCUGUACUUAAUCCGCGCUCACAUUCUAGUGAUGAAACUAAACAUUUAAACAGAUUCAGAUCAGUCCUGGUCAAUGUAGCACAGAUCCACAGACUUCAGUGGAUAUAUAUGGCUUCCCAGUUUAGCUUGGUUCAGUUUGGUUUGGGUUGAAUACAGUUAAAAUGAAAUGUAAAAAAAAAAAAAAAAACCUUUAAAAUUUUUUUUCCAUUACUAGCCUGAUUAACUCCUAUCUUUUCUAACCUAACUCCUAAUGAGACUAUAUAUUGAGAUUAAAUAUCCAGAGGGCACCAAACCCGUGUCAAACCUUUUGUAUGACAAAAUAACUCGGUUCAUUACAACAAGACCCCUAUGCAUCGUAAAGUCUUGGGGAUCAAGCUCCAUGAUUAACCCUUUAGCUUUAGCUUUAAACUUUCUCAAUAUGCUGACGUUUUCACCAGGCAUUCAACCAUGCUCGCCUACCAACAGUACCCCAGUCUCCCACCGUGUCCAAGCAUGUGGGGCUUCUAACAAAAGCCACUGUGUAUCUUUAGUGUGUUGGCAUCAAAGCCCUGUUGUGUCUUCAUAACAGUGACCCCCAAACCCUGUUGUAUGUUUCAGAGUGAAUCCCCCUCACGCUCCCAUAAAGCUCCACCACGGAGGACCCCAGAAGCCACCCUGAGCUGUAGCUAACGUAUGCAGUCCAUCAAGUGUGGCUAUUAGAGACAGGCAGGCAGCACCCCUUCUUCUCUAGUGCAUGUGGCACUUCUUGGUCAUGUGGUUCAACCCAGUGGAUAGGGAGCAGGGCUACAGAGUCACGCCCUCUUCUUUAAAUCCUCCUACUAGCCAAUAACGUCUUAGAUUCCUAUCCGUGAAGUGUGGUAACUUUAUUCACACAUAUACACACACAUAUGCAAGCACACACGCAAGCACAGAUAUAUACAUGAAAGCACACAACACGUUCGCCCGUGUGCAGGCGCAUGCUCACACACACACAAACACACACACACAUACACAUAUACACCCAAACAGAAUCCAGCACUCUACAGUUAAAUAGUAUGCUAUUCAUAAAAGCAUCUUUCUCUCCGUUCUAACAACAAAACCCACUCUGUAUUGUGUUUUGAUGGUCUACUGCUGAUAUCGUUAAAAACAAUGAUGAGCUGUGUCGUUGUGUUGUUCCCAUCAUAGUCAUUGUCAGACAUCUUCAUCAUAGGUUCACCGUCAUCCCAGCCUUGUUCCCGUCCGUUUCCUCUUCCUGUGUUUCACUACAGCUCUGACAGCAAUACAGUGAUCGUAGCUGGGAACGCCUCCUGUUGCACAUGCAUACACGUGAACUGCAGACAGAGAGAGAUGGAAUGACAGAGGGACCACGGGAGUUAGUACACAGGCAGUCAAUAGAGGUGAAUUCUCUUACAGGAGGUUCUUACAGAAAGUCAUCUUAAGGAAAGAAAUUUUAUAUUCAUGGCAAUCUGGAGCUUGGAAGUUUCCACUGAAUGAUGUUAGAACUUUAAACUCAUUUGCAUUCAUGAUGUAAAGCAGGCUACAACCUACUGAUGCUGCAACCAAGCCAAUCUAGGUGACCACUGCAUGAAAGCAGAGGCAGAAGAUAACAUCACAUCUCUAGUUUUCUCGCUAGUUAAUGUCGCUGGCAGAAUUUUUGUUCUACAUCAGUAAUGUAGUGUGGUGUCACUGGAUCUACAAACAUCCUGAAUAACAUUGGAAACAUUGUCUAAAGUCCAGUCACCUGUAUUAGUUAUGUGUUUUAAUAUUUUUGCGAUCAGAAACCACCCUCUUCCUGUUUCAACUUGCCAUGAAUGCAGCAUCAUUUCAGGACAAAUGAACCAAGACUGUUUCGCUAGUGGUCAAACAGAGCUGGGCUUGAAAUUUGAAGUAGGCUUUUAAGCAAAUGAAUCUGUCCUUGUAAAACAUAGAUCCACAUUAAAAAGAAUCUAUGAGGGGGGAAAAAGGUUAUAGCACACUCUGUUUUAAAGAAAAGUUAAAUCAAAGGUUGAGAACGUAAAAGUGUUAAUCAUAGUCAAACGGGAACACUAUUUUUCUUCAGUCAUUAAAUGUCUGAAAUAUGAUUUGAUCUGAUUCAUGAAUUGUUGAAGAAAGCACUUUUUUUUAGCACUUUCUGUUGUUUUACCAAAUGACCUAAAUUCAGUUUUGUAUUGCAGGUUUUAGUGAAACAACACUGUGAUAUGAUUUACAGGGUCCAGAGCGUUAUUGUACGUCACAAAGGUCAAAUGAAUAGAAUCAGCAACUCCCAUUGGGAAAGGUCCAUUCCACACACUCCACUUAUAUGCAUGGUGCAUUAAGUCUGGGAUGGCUUCAGGACAAACAGUGAAGGAUUAGUGAUGCUUUUGUGGCCUGUUGCUGAAGUUGUCAGAUGCGUGAAGUGUUGUUACUGCAUUCAACCUAUAGAGAGCGCUGCUUAGCCUCUGAAACACUGAUAGUCUGGCUUGUAGCUUUUUUUUCUUUCUUUCUUUUUAAUAGGCUGACUGAGACACACAACUGUGGUGGACCUCAGUAGGAUCAUUUUGUCAUCUUAAAAAAGCCCACCUCUUGAUGGCCACUAUAUGACUAUAUUAUUGUGUCUGGAAAAGUAAAUACUAUCAGUCGAAUUAACUAUGUACAGUUCUCCUUAAAUCUUCAAAGUCUUGUGUUUGUCUUACUCUAUUUUGUUCCUUUUUCAUACACUGGAGUGAUACAAAGCUGCUUUACUGUAUUAUGGUAAAAUAUUGUCUACUGUGAGUGUGUGCUUUCGGGAGACAAAUAGUCAUGGUAGUUAGGUGUAGCACUGAUAAUCAAAGACAAGCGGUCAAAUGUUCAACAAUAAAAACUAGACACCUGAAAGCACCUUAUGACAGUAUUUGAUGAGGUAUUGUUCCCACAAAAACACAUUCCCGUGAGUUUCUGAAGAAGAAAAAAACGUUUGUGGAUCACAUGUGAAACAAGAAUGUGAAUAUUCCUUUAAGAAUAGGAGCAACAUGGGAUGAAAGCACUUUGAUAGGUCCUGCACCGAGGUGUGGAUGCAGUUCAGUAGUAACACCUGUAGUCUUAACGUGUCUUGGAAGCUUGACGUGAGAGUGAGCUACCGUGUGAUUGAAAGAGCUGAUGUUGUGUAUCCCGGAUGAUGCAGUCAGUAUCCUUUCAUCUCAUUGGUCAAGUGGAUUUUAGUGGAAUAUUGGUUGUUGGUGUUGUGCUAUUGGCUAUGAUGGUCUUAAACUCAACUCUACAGUCUGCCCUCCUGUUGUACUUGUUAGGAUUAACUGGUUCUUACAUUCUGGCCAAGCUACAAAGUUGAUCUUCAAGUUGAUGAUCAUGAAAAUGUGUUUUUUUUUUUUUGUUUGUUUUGUUUUUUUUUUUUGGUUUUUUUUGUCACUUAUAUGCCAAGUUAAGGUUAAGCAUUAAGGUUAGGCCAGGGGUGUAGUUCAAAGGGUUAGGUUUAUAACUACCCAGAUUUAAUUUAGGGUUAAGAAAAAUGUUAAAGGACUACACUGUCUUUUUUGGGACUCUGGCCCACUGGUCACUUUACACAUUAUGUGACAACCAGCAAAAUCAUCUGUUUCUCCAGAAGAUAGUUCUGUCUAGUGGUGAUUCUGACACAUUAACAUCCAGUAUAUUACACCCUAUGUGAUUAUCUGUUGUCAUAAAAGUGGAAGAAGCAGAACUUGUAGCAGCUUAAAGGCUGGAUUGGUACUUGACUUACCCACUUGUAACUCAACACUAAACCACAAACUCUUGAAAACUUCUGCUGCACUGCCCUCUAGGGGUUGAAACUUUCAGGCAUGCUGUCCUUCUGGCCAACCAGUGAUGUGGUAGCAGGUAUUUUUAGCAGCUGUCAGUGGUCAAGUACCUGCAGCUAUAUCACUGAUUGGUUGUGGCCCUAAGGGCAAAAUGCCUUGAAGUUUCAACUCCUAGAGGGCAGUGCAGAGGAGGUUUUCUGCUGGUGUUGAGUCACUGUGUCAUAUUCCACAUCAAAACCUCCCAGGCUUGUUUACUGGUAAAAUAGACAUAAAAUUUAACAAAAAAUGGACUUUAAGUGGCAUAAAAUCUUUCUUUCUUCCCUGCACAGCUUUGAAACAACAUUUCUCAUGGAAUUUAUUUGUCUACAUAGGAAGUUGGCAAAGUUAUCCUGACAGAUAAACUUUUUGCGCUAUUGAUUCGUAAUGGACUUCAUGAUUUUGUUUUUAUAAGUUAUGAAUCUACAGGUCAUCUUUACCAGCUUUGGUAACAGUUUUAUUGUCAUACUUUGGAUAAUGCUAAUCAAGCAUUACUACAUGCACCAGACAGCUAUCCACUGGAGACACUGAGAUAAUUUUGGUGUCAGUCCUCUCAUCACAUAAUGGUGACCAAAGACCAAACUGCCAAAAAGUCAAUUAAUGUUAAUUUUAGGGUUAAAGCACGAUAAGGAUUGUACGAUAAAAUGUUUGUUUUAACGACCACAAUAAUGAUAGAGUUAAGACUAAUUUUAUGUAAAGCUUGGUUUGGUAAAAAGAAAGGUCCAGCUCUGCAGCUUGGACAGAAUAUAAAAUCUGGCAUCUCUCUGAUGUCGCUUCACAACUGUUUAACCCCCCAGUUAUAGCGCUUUCUUACCACCCUUACACUAAUCCUUCACACUGUCCCCUGUAUAUAGACACCACCAUGUUUUUAUCACUACAGAAGUAACUAAAAUAAAUUAAAAUAAAAAAAUAAAAAUAAAAAAAAAACAACUGGUUUAUUGACAGGGUGUUGUGGAUGUAGACAGAUGAGCUUUCACGUUCAUGAACCUGUUAUCAUUAACGUUAAUAAUAGUAUAAGAUUGAAAACGCAAGGGAGGAAAAGUGUUCUUUUCUUUUUUCAGAGUCUGCCUUUUUUCCAACAAGAAAAGGGCUGCUGAAGUUUCAAGAAUGUUUUUAAAAUGUAUUGUAUUAAAGAUGCGAGAUUAUGAAUAAAUGUAUGAGAUUUGCCUCUGUUCUGUUUUGGAAGAUAGACCACAAUAUGGAAACACUUACUGUAUUCAAAUCGAUGGGCAGGAGGGAAGGCAGUGUGUGUCGAGUUCUUUAUGGUCUCAGCAAACUGGAAAUGAAUGAGCAAGUGGUCACAAUGAGGCUGGACCAAGACUAAAAAUGUCAAGUCUGUGUCAUAGAGCUGAUCUUAUGGCUGCAUAGAACAGAAACCGUGCAGAAAUAUGGAAAAACAGAAGUAACAGGCUUUGCGCAAUUGGCUGGUUUAUCAAAAGAGAGCAAAGCAAUCGGAUUCUGGUGAACUAAGAAGUAGAAGUGCUCAGAUGAGGUCAGAGGUCAUGCUCUGCACCACAUGUGGCACUUGACACACAUUGCCCAACCCUUACUCCCUCAUAAAGCCACCCCCAGUUAGGCUAACAGUAACCAGUACUAGUCUUUUGGCAUGUGGUAGAGAGUAAUGUUCUGUGUUAGACAGCUCCUACAUAGACACCUUGACAUACCUACCAACACACAGCUGACCUAAGGGAACACUUGGACCAAACUGUCCAAGGACUGAAAAUGAUGGAAAAUUCUGACUAACUUGUCCUGUUGUUGAAAUGGAAAAUUGGAAAAACCUAUUAAUGAUGAGCUAAAGCAUAAGCAGUUACUAAAUGUUAAUGGAAAAAAGGAGUAAAGCAGAAAAGAGGGAGUGUUGGUAGAUAUGCACCUGGAGCCCCUAGCUGUGUCUCCCACCUACAGAGGCAUGUCGGCAUCCCCAGUACUGAAAACUGGCCUCUUCUACAUGGAGAAACUAGCAGUCAUGUACCCAGUGAAAGCAACAUGGAUAGAGAUUGCAGUUGUCUAGCUUUAGUUACAUUGUUAAGGGCAGGAACCUGAUUGGUUUUGACUGCAGCACUGACAAAUGUUGAGUUACUUUGAACUGCUCUGGAGUGUCGGCCUUAUGCCCAAAUUGCCAUUACAAAUUGAAAGGAGGCAAGAAAAAGAAUCUACUUUUCAGUAUUGUGGAACGGCCGCACUGUAGUGUGUAUUGUAUUACUCUAUAGGGCACAACACUAUAGCAAGAGCAUGCAGAAGACAACAAACUGCUGGUUGUUAGAGGCAUUUGUCCUAUUAGAUAGAGCUCAUCCCCCCUCCCCCUCCCCCCCGCCCCCUUCAAUCUGAGAUAUAAUGAAUAUUUGGUAUGAAAGAGAUGUUCAUUGUGAUUAAUUGUUAACUAGUGAUGUGAAUAUUAAUCAUAAAAUUAAAAAGAUGAACAAAAGAUUAA